AUGAGGCAGAGAGGGCUGAAGAAUCAUCCCGACUGGGGGCUCCUGGAGGGCUUUCCCAGAGCCCACAGGCCUGUACCACCUUCGGCCACACCCAGCGGGGACCGGCUGCUUUGGACACUGAAGCCACAAAGCACAGCUGUCCUGCUGCAGAAGGAGGGGCCGUGCGGCUGCGCCCGCGGGGCCCACGCCUCGCCCAGUGCUCCGGCGGCCCGGGGCGCUCGGCUAGGGCACUGCAGCCCGGGAGCGACAUCCACCCGCGGAGCCAGCCCGCGGCCGCACCGCUGCCCCCGCCUCGCCAAGCUCGAGAAGGUGUACCCGUGGAGGGACGGGGGCGGCCACGGCGGCGAGAGUUGCUUCUCCCGGUCGCGGAGGGCGGCGGCAGGGACGAGGGCAGGGCCUGCGCGACCGCGGGGAGGGGGCAAGCACCGGGAUCCCAGGCCAGGAGCCAGUCGGUGUCGCCUGCCGCCCAGCUGGCCGCCGCCGCCCCCGCCGGGAGUCCCGGGCGGCUCGCAGGACACCUGCACGUCGUGCGGCGGCUUCCGGCGGCCGGAGGAGCUGGGCCGGGUGGACGGCGACUUCCUGGAGGCGGUGAAGCGGCACAUCUUGAGCCGCCUGCAGAUGCGGGGCCGGCCCAACAUCACGCACGCCGUGCCCAAGGCCGCCAUGGUCACGGCCCUGCGCAAGCUGCACGCGGGCAAGGUGCGCGAAGACGGCCGCGUGGAGAUCCCGCACCUCGACGGCCACGCCAGCCCGGGAGCAGACGGCCAGGAGCGCGUCUCCGAGAUCAUCAGCUUCGCAGAGACAGAUGGCCUCGCCUCCUCCCGGGUCCGCCUGUACUUCUUCAUCUCCAACGAAGGCAACCAGAACCUGUUCGUGGUGCAGGCCAGCCUGUGGCUUUACCUGAAGCUCCUGCCCUAUGUCCUGGAGAAGGGCAGUCGGAGGAAGGUGCGGGUCAAGGUGUACUUCCAGGAGCAGGGCCACGGCGACCGGUGGAACGUGGUGGAGAAGAAGGUGGACCUCAAGCGCAGCGGCUGGCACACCUUCCCGCUCACCGAGGCCAUCCAGGCCUUGUUCGAGCGGGGCGAGCGGCGGCUCAACCUGGACGUGCAGUGUGACGGGUGCCAGGAGCUGGCCGUGGUGCCCGUGUUCGUGGACCCCGGCGAGGAGUCGCACCGGCCCUUUGUGGUCGUGCAGGCCCGGCUGGGGGACAGCAGGCACCGCAUCCGCAAGCGGGGCCUGGAGUGUGAUGGCCGGACCAACCUCUGUUGCAGGCAACAGUUCUUCAUCGACUUCCGCCUCAUCGGCUGGAACGACUGGAUCAUCGCGCCCACCGGCUACUACGGGAACUACUGUGAGGGCAGCUGCCCGGCCUACCUGGCGGGGGUCCCCGGCUCCGCCUCCUCCUUCCACACGGCCGUGGUGAACCAGUACCGCAUGCGGGGCCUCAACCCCGGCACGGUGAACUCCUGCUGCAUCCCCACCAAGCUGAGCACCAUGUCCAUGCUCUACUUCGACGACGAGUACAACAUCGUCAAGCGCGACGUGCCCAACAUGAUCGUGGAGGAGUGCGGCUGCGCCUGACCGUGGCACGGCUGCGGCGGCGGCGGGCUGGGG